AUGUAAUCAAUAGAGAAAGAAGAAAUUCCUUACUUUAAAUUUUGUUAGAAACUGGGUGGUGUUAAAAUGAAAGAUAUUUACAUUUCACCCACUAAGGCUGCAACAUUUCUCCAUUUAAUAAAUAACAAAUGCCCAAAAUAAACAGCAAUUCAAUUCGCAUAAAGGAGGAUUUGCAAAUGGGACACGACAAUCAAAAUGGAUGGCCCUAGUACAUGUCGUAUUUUGAAACCAAAAGAUAACAAGGAGAAAAGGAUUAAUGGAUGGUAGAAUAUUGGCUUGGAGAUGUAUUAUGACAAUAAGACAACUAUUGCUGAUAAAAAUUAAUUGGAGUUAGAUUUAGAUAACGACGCAAUUUAAAAAUAAAUUGAAAAGAAUGAAAUGAAACUAAAGAAUGAUUUUAAAAACAAAAUUGCUCAUUUGUAAUAGUUCUACAAAGAUCUUAAUCAGAAGUAUUGUUUUAAGUCAAGCGAUCCUGAUUUCAAAAACAAAAUUAGUAAAGCCAAACUCGAUUUACUAAAUAGUAGGAGUUAAUCAAUCAAAUAUUUCAAAACCAAAGGAAUGAAGUACAUAGAAAUUUAUAAUGAAUCAAAUAAAAAGAGUACUAAUAAUAAUACAACUGAGGGUCUACUCAAACGAAUGCGUGUAUUCAAUUAACUAAAAACAGAUUAAUAUAGAGUAAAGGAGAAAUCGAUGGCAGAUAUUUAUAAAUAAAAGAAAGAAAAUCAAAGUCCAACUCACAAAGAACUGCAACAUGAUAUUAACAUCUAUGAUAAUAUGGAAUUAUAGAGUGAAUAGAUGCUGAAGAUCAUUGACCAAAGCAAUGAGUUUUCAAUGAAACUUAGAAGGAAUGACUUGAAACCAGUAGUAUCAUAAAAGGCUUUAGUGUUUGCUGAUGAUUUUAAUCGAGCCAAAUAUUUAUUCAAUUUGACUAAACAGAAUCAGAUAUAAAAGAUGUUUGAAAUACCUGAAGUGCCAUAACUCGUGAUUCCUUAGAGUAGUCAAUCAAUACGAUUGAAAAAGAAUCUAUCAUCUCCAACUAGUUUGGAUGAGUAAUUCGAUAAUUGUCUAACUUAAUAUGCUCGUGAAGUUCUGGAAUAUUAACAAGAAUUUUAAGAAAAAGAGAUCUCAACUGAUAAUAUUGAGAAACUGCUGCAAGGGAAAGAGAUUUUGAGAUGCAGUCAAAUGAGAAAGGUAUCUAGGACAUAUCAUUCUCCUCAGCCUAGUGUUCGAUUAGAUUCUAGUCGACAGUUGAGACAAUAGCAGUUAUCUUCUAGAGAUAGGGAAUCUACAAAAGCUGGGAAUUCCAUUCAUCAAAAAUCAAGAACAUAUGCUGUUAGUCCGUUUUGUAAAUGA